AUGACGACGACGGGGAAACGUGUGCUUAUCACUGGAGCGUCAUCCGGAAUUGGUCUUUCGCUUGUCGAACAACUUGCAAACGCCGGCCAUGAGGUGACAAUAACUGUACGAGAUGCUGAGAAAGCGUCUUUCACCAGGGAAUUUCUUGCUGAAAAACAGAUCUUCGUCAAAAUCAUACACAUCGAUUUUUCGAUUUGGUCGUCUGUCUUGGCUGGAGUGAACGAAAUCAUUCAGAACAAAAUGAUCUUCGAUAUCGUUGUCUUUAAUGCCGGAAUAAUGUUCCCGGAAGAAUCGAGAACAGCUAAUGGGAUAGAGACGUGCUUGCAGGUUAAUGUCCUUGGACACAUGUACCUAGCCGACGUACUGCUCAAGUAUCGACCUCCAAGACACUGUGUACACUUCGUUUGUGUCUCCUCAGCGCUGUUCAAGCUAUGCGGAACGUCGUGGCCACGCUGGAAGUUACCGAAAGAAGCUUCUGCUUGGGUGGAUACGUUCGCACCGAGGACGAAGUCAGGCUGGCGAGCAUACGCACUCAGCAAAUUCGCGAUCACUUUGCUAGCGUCGCGACUGAAUCGCGUCGAAGGAAUAACGGCGGUCGCAGUGAAUCCAGGAAACGCUAUCACGAAUGUCUCGAAGAACAUACCGAAUCGUCAUCGAAAGCUGUUAUCCGUGUUCAAGGGGACGCUCAUCACUGUGGAAGAAGCAGCCGCUAAUGUCGUGAGAGCAUCGCUGAACCCUCUUCCAGAAGGAAUGUUUUACGACCAGUCAAAGACGUCGUCACUCCCGAAGGCGCUGAUCUCCCAGCGAUACAUGCACAACUUGAAUCAUCUCGCUCAGCAGCUACUGUUCGAAUUAUCUGAGUAG